AUGAAGGAUAUUCUUAUAAUAAAGAUUCUAAAAAUCCGAAUACCUAUCGUUGUCCUCGUCGUCAAACUAACAAAUGUAAAGGAACAUUAAUUCAAACAGAUGAACGUUAUUUUGCGCAAAAACCACACACAUCCUAACGAGCCGCAGUGUACAGAAAUAUUAAAAUUAAAAUCAGCGAUGCUGGAGGAAUGUAGUACAAAUCCUUCAGUAAAUAAUAAAGACAUCUUUGACAAUAUUUGUCGUACAAAUCUUGAUGCAGCAACAUAUAUUUCAUACAAUAGUGUGAAAUCGAAAAUGUCAAAAGAGAAAAGAAAAUCACGACCAGAUUUGCCAAUGUUACUACAGAGUUCACACGAAAUAUUAAAAGAUUAUGAUAUCCUGAAAGAAAUUUACAAGGGAUGUGCAAUCUCAAAUGAUAACAAAUACGCAUUAAUUUUCUCUAAUACUACAUUACUAAGUGCAUUAGAAAAUGCAAAAGAAAUAUAUAUGGAUGGUACUUUUUCGGUGGUACCACGAAUUCCUCCUUUUCAUCAACUGUACACAGUACACAUACGGUACAAUGACACGGGAAUCGCUACCAUUUUUGUUUUAUGUGAAUGUCGUACUAAAACAAUGUACACAGCAAUGUGGAGAGAAAUAGUUUCUCUUGUUCCACGAUUGCAAGACAACUUAAAAACUGUCAUGUGUGAUUACGAGAGAGCUGCUAUGGAAAGUGUACAAGCACAAUUCCCCAGGGUUACCAUACAUGGAUGCUGGUUUCAUUUUACUCAGGCUGUAUUAAGGAAAUGGAAGAAAUUGGGGUUGCAAGGAGCACCAAAAAAGAUUCUGUCAAUGGCUAUGACAAUGCCUUUAGCUCCAUCCGAUAUGUUUCCAGAAGCAUUACAUCAAAUUCAGUUAGUCGCUGAUCGUUUAUCCGACACAUAUCCAAAUGUACUUAUGUUUAUGGCGUAUCUAAGAAGUGUAUGGCUACCUAUUUCUACCUUUUAUACAGAUCACGAACAACGGCACUACGUUAAUAAUGUAUUGUCAGGAGACUGCGAUGAAAGUGAUCCAAUAAAUGAAACUCACACGAAUGAAACACUUAGUACAGAGGACAGAUUGCUCGUGCACACGACUAACGAGGAUUUGUGUACACAAUAUGUACAGGUUGAUAGUACAACAAUUACUGAUGUAAAUGAUGACAUUCUAUCAACAUCAACAGAUAACGAUAAUGUAUGUAUAGACAGUCGUGGUGUACCUACAUGCGUAGUACAGUAGAAGGUGAUAUUUCUUCGCCAUCCAUGGACACGAGAAUUGCUUUACAAGAAUUAUACAUAAGUCUGGAUAAUAUGACAGAUAAUACUGACAUUUGUAUAAGUGGUAGUCAAAUUAAUGAACAGAAUUUAAUAGAAGAAGAAGGGUCUGGACGAAGGAGUUGCUGCUGCAAAUUAGGCGUCACUAGCAUAACGCUACCAUGUGGCCACACUUAUGUAUAUAAAUAACUAGCUGCGAAUCAAUAUUACAUACAGAUAAUCAAGAUUUGACACACCAUUACUAUUGUUGUGAUCGUGUGAUAAAUGUCAUGUAAAACUAUUUGCUAAUACAUUUAUUGAGUAUAUCUUAUUCCAUAAUUACCUUGUUCAAAGUUUAUAUUCAUAUUUAUGUAUUUGAUCAUUUAUAAUAUCAUCAUUUUUAGUAAUUGUAU